AUGCAGCACAUCUACAUGCAGAGCGAUGAGCACCUUCAGGUCUUCACCACUGUCCUCUCCUCUCAAGAUUUUUGCAAAGCCCUCUACAUGGCACAAAUGGUGGUAUCGCACAGUUACAAGCCCCACUGGCCGGACGAGCUUGAGCUCUUGCAGGGUGAUGUCAUCCAAGUCGUGUCCAAACGUGAGGAGGCGAGGUGGUUUGGGGGCCUGCAGAGUGGCCAGCAGGGAUACUUUCCCAAGUCCUGUGUGAUGGAGCUUAGCCAGGUUGGUGGCUGUGUGCAUCAUCAUGACUCAGUUCACAGCAGUUUAGACAGUGGCUUUAGAUUAUUCUGUUUCUAUUUCUUAUUCUUGACUUUAAAGGCUUUUGGGCCAAAACAAAUCCACACACCAGCAACACUGGGGAUGAGCCGGCCAGAGAUCUCCUGGACACAGGCUGCAGGCCCCAAGAGGGGGCAGCAGGGGCCGCUGGAGGGGGCUAGGGGCCGCUGGAGGGGGCUAGGGGGAAGCAGGGGAGAGGGGCCGCUGGAGGGGGCUAGGGGGCAGAGGCAGGGUCCCAUACUAGUGCUGAGGCCUCAGAACCAGACCCAACUCCCACAGGCCCCUAAGCCUCCAGCACCCAGUGCCCCAGGCCUGCUCCAAAGGAUCCUGUCUAAGCCCCGGAGAAGGAGUGAGAACCAGGGGGCCACCAACGGAGCCUUCGAAGCUGACUGAGAGGGCCUCUUCUCCGGGCAGCUCGGCCUGUUCCAUCCAGUAGUCUGAGACGUGGUUGUGGGGGGAGCACAAUGUGGAGGAGAAGGUGUCCACAUGUUAGAAAGAGGAAAUCACUUUAAAACUGGUUAUCAAUGGGGGAAGGUGUUACCCUGUCACUCAUGCUGUAGGUACGGGUGGUUCUCUCUGACUGUGUAUCCUGGAGCCACCCACACAGGAGUUCACUAGAGUCUGGACUGUUAAGCAGGUCUAUCAGGAAUGUGCUUUUGUGUCCAAUGUGUGAAAAUGCAAGCCAGUGGGAAUAAAAAUGGGGGUAAAUAUAUAAAGCCACAGUUCAAUAAUAAUCAUAGAGAGAUGUACAUAACAAUUUGCAAAGGUAACUAUAAUGU